CCUCUUCUAGGAUUGUAGCCUUCCGGCAACUGCUGAGGAGAGUCACCUCGAUUCUCCUAAAACCCAGGAAGUGAGAGGUUCGUGGGCAGGAUCGCUGCAGUAGCGAUGGCAGGCACCGUCUCAGAGCUGCAGUUCUUGGUCCCCUGGGGCCACAUUGCAGCCAAGGCAUGGGGCUCUCCAAAAGGCCGACCCGUGCUGUGUUUACAUGGUUGGUUGGACAAUGCAAACACGUUCAACAAACUCAUUCCUUUACUCCCUAGAGAUUGCUAUUACAUGGCAAUAGAUUUGGGGGGCCAUGGCCUGUCUUCCCACCGUCCAGUUGGAUCUCUGUAUUACCUCAUGGAUUAUGUGGGUGAUGUGCGAAGGGUAACAGCAGCACUGAAAUGGAACCGAUUUACCCUUAUGGGUCACAGUAUGGGUGGAACUGUUGCUGGCAUGUUCUCAUGUGUUUUCCCUGAACUGGUGGAGAAGCUGAUAUUGGUGGAAUCAUAUGGUUUUUAUCCAGCUGCAAAGGAGUCAGAGAAGAUCCUACUUUUUAAGCGGGCUAUGAUAGAGCAUCUGCUGAAAACAGAAGCCAACCCACUCCUGUCCCCCAAAGUAUACACCCCAGAAGCGGCACUUCAGAGAUUAUUAGAGGCAAACAGAAGCCUAACAGAAGAGUCUGGAAAGAUAUUGCUGGAACGAGGGACUGCUGAAGUCCCAGGAGGUUUGGUUUUUACGAGAGAUCUGAGAAUCCACAUGAACGUCUACGGUUAUACGUCUGCGGAUGAGCCUGUGAAUUAUCUAAGGAAAAUCCAGGCUGAUAUACUGAUGAUCAUAUCACAAAAUGGGCUUUUUAAGAAAGAUUCUGAUGUGUUCCGUGCAGAAUUUUUCAUGAGAAUUCACCAAGGCUAUAAGACCUUCCUCAAAGAGCACUUCAACUUAGUCAGUGUUCCUGGGAAUCACUAUGUCCACCUUAAUGAGCCUGAGGUUGUGGCUGGCAUCAUCAGCACUUUUCUAACUAAGGAUCACAGCCUCAAAGCCAGGCUGUAACCAGGGCUGACCUUACAGCUGUUAUAUGAAGACAUAAACAACCCUAGAGAUGAAUUCCAUAUGAAGAACCAGCCCUGCUUAACAGAGAAGAUGGCUGUGCAGCUGCCUUCAAGAAGAAUAAACUUUGGGCCACAUGCUUGCACAAAAGAUUUGUGUCAUGAGAUUGAAGAAAUACCGGGGCUAUAUUUAUUACUGCCAAGAAGGUUCUUUCAGUCACAAAGAACUCUUCUGCUUCUAGUCCUCUAUGGAUUACUCUUAAAGUGUUUUGUACAAAUAGGUAUUUAUCUUUCUAUUCUGUAACCAAAUCCCAUGCAGUUCUUUUAACAUCUCAAUUUGGUGAUAAACAAAAGGAAGUGAGGAUAAUAUGAUUUGAGUGGGUGUACUAAAACAUAUAUAUUCAUGUA